AAAUUAUGAAAUUCAUGUGCCAUUUCUAGUACUUUCGGGUUUGGUGGUACGGAUCGAACAUUUUUUGUUGUUGGAAUAACAAAAUAUAGCAAAAAAGCUUAGUCAUCAUUCCAGUUACUAACUACAAUCUGCUAAAACCAGGUAGUAGUUAGCAAAGAACUGAGAAGAUGCACAAAUGUAGCGAACACAAAUCUAGUUGUGUAAUAUAUUAAUUAUUCCUAUGUAUUAACAGACUACAACUAUGGUUUACAGACAACAUUGAUUAGAUUGUACUAAUUCAGAAAUACUUCCAGACUGAACCACUGUGACAUUGUAACAUAUAAUCUUUUGUUAUGUUGUGAACAGAUAAAUAAACAGAUGAAAACCUACUUCUUCUUCUUGACUACUUCACCUCCUUGAUCACCCCCUAAUUGACUGUCAUUUCAUAAUUUUAUGUUGGUUAUGGUAUAUAAUAGUAGUUAGUUAGUUAAUUAGUCAGUUUCUUUAGUUAGUUCGUUAGUUAGUUAGUUAGUUAAUUCCUUCAUUUUAUUGGCAUCUUGUAGGAGACAUUUUUUAUGGACAAGGGGAGCAGCUCACACAUCACCCACAUACAAGCACAAUGCUCCUGAAAAUACCACAGUUACAGUGAAACAUAAAGAAAAACACACACAUUUUCCUUUCCUUUUCCAUUUGCCCUCCAGUUCAUCAUUUAUAUGUUUCAACAGGUUCAAAGGAGUUCCUCUACAUAUUCUGCUUGCAUUGAAAAGUUCUGUAUGUCAUUACUCAGUGCAUAAGAAUGAACUCAAAGUGCAGGAUGUGUCCACUGUCUGAUAGAGUCCUCUGGACCUGGCUGAUAGUAAAAUUAUUUAACCACUACUCCUAUUCAUUUGCAGUACAGUUCCUCUCUGUGUCCAGUGUGAGUGGAGGGGGCGGGUCAUUCCUUAUUUGGACACACUGCUUUGGUCAGAGGAGAGAAAGUCCAUGUGUCUUUUCCACGCGUCUGCUGCAUGGAGCCACUCUGCUACUGCUGCAAUCAAGGAUCUACACAGGGAAAUCACAGGUUUCACAACAAGACACUGCUAACAGGAGAAUGGCUCCGAGUCUGGCGCAGGCGUAUCGAAGGCGCUGGUGGAUGGCGGUCACAGCGAUCAUAGAAAACCUGCUGUGCUCUGCUGUGCUGCUGGGCUGGGGCUCUCUGCUCAUCAUGCUCAAGAACGAGGGAUUUUACUCACACAUCUGCAUCGAGAAUGGAACAGCACCCUCUAACCACUCCACCGAGCACAGCGGGGAGUAUGCGAGCUGUGUGGAGCAGGAAGAGAUCCUCAAUCUGGGUUUCACCAUCGGAUCAUUUCUCCUCAGCGCCGCCACUUUACCUCUGGGAAUUUUAAUGGACAAGUUUGGACCACGCCCACUCAGACUCAUCGGCAGUUCAUGUUUUGCAGCAUCUUGUGCAAUGAUCGCUACAGCAACGUACAAGCCUGAAGUUCUUUCUAUGCUCAUUUUUUUUGCUGUUUCAUUCAACGGUUUUGGCGGAAUAUGUCUGACCUUCACGUCACUCACACUGCCAAACAUGUUUGGAAACAUCCGCUCCACGAUUCUCUCUCUGAUGAUUGGUUCCUAUGCUUCAUCUGCCGUCACUUUCCCCGGAGUCAAGCUGAUCUACGAUGCGGGUGUGUCGUUCAGGGUCAUCAUGUGGUCCUGGUCUGGUCUCGCCUGUUUUGUCUUCAUCAACUGUUUCCUUAACUGGCCCCUGGAGUCCUUCCCUGCACCAGAGGAUAUAAGAUACACUAAGAAGGUGAAGAUGAGCAGCGUUCUCACGAAGGACGUUAAAACCGGAGACAUGCACUUCACUCCAGUCACUACGUUUGAGGAAAUUGUGGGCUCCAGACAGGAACAGGACCAUUCAGACUCACAGAGCACCCCAAAGAAUGCUGUUCCCCUGUGCCGCUCGGUCUGCUCUCCCAUCUUCCUUUGGAGCUUGAUCACGAUGGCCAUGACUCAGCUCAGGCUCAUCUUCUUUAUGGGCGCCAUGAACAAGAUGUUGGAGUUUCUUGUCACCCAUGGAGACUCCUCAGAACAUGUACUGAACGAGGCAGAGACUCAAGUUGGUUUCUACUCGUCUGUGUUCGGUUCCAUGCAGCUGCUGUGCCUGGUCACGUGUCCAAUGAUUGGGUACAUCAUGGACUGGAGGAUGAAGGAGUGUGAGGAGGAGAAAGCAACUCCAGAAACUCUGAAGAGCCAAUCAAAUCCUCCAAAACGUGACAGAAAGAUCCAGAAACUGACCAAUUCCAUAAGAGCAUUCAUCUUUACAAACCUCCUCCUUGUCAUGUUCGGGGUCGUUUCGCUCAUCGAUAAUCUGCCCAUUCAGAUGGUGUCAUUCGUUCUGCAUACUGUGGUCAGAGGAUUCAUCCACUCGUGCUGUGGAGGCCUCUAUGCUGCAGUAUAUCCAGCCAACCACUUUGGGACUCUGACAGGGAUGCAGUCCAUGAUCAGUGCAGCGUUUGCUCUUUUGCAGCAGCCUUUGUUCAUCCUGAUGUUGGGCACGCUCAGAGGAGAUCCAUACUGGAUAAAUUUUGCCCUGCUCAUUUUCUCAUUGGCCGGGUUCCUGUUACCGGGAUACCUCUUCUACCACAAACGAAAUCUCAUCAAGUCCAAAAUGCAGUGCGAUUCAAAUCUCUUCAGCCAAUCAGAGCAAGAAAACAACCCUUUCCACCAAUCAGAAAACAGCAAAGUCCGAGCCAAUGGCCACACUGCUAAUGGAGAUGUGAUUUAGGACUGUAAUGUUUUGGGGGUUUUUUUCUUUUUUCUAUUGAGUAAAUAUUGAGUUUAUGAAUGACUUACAGGUGGUUGGUGAGGAGUUAGUCUUGACCAACUGGUUUUAAAAGCAAAGACAAAUGCUGCCUUGGGACAAAUACGGGCUACCUUUUGUUUUGACAAAAUAGUAUUACACAAGUUAGGGAUGUAACAGUAUACAUUUCUCACACCACUGCAAUAUCUUGUGAAGGCUUACAGUAUUACAAAGUCCAGGACACAUAUUAUGCUGAAUGUAUUUGUUGGGCUUUUAAACAUAUUAUGACAGUGUUCCUUCAUCAAAAACAUAUCUGGAGUUGUAUUUAGCUUCAUUCGUGCUGGUUUCAGUAAUUUGCAUAAAAAGUCCUUGGCCUCACAACCUCAGAGAAUUUGUGGUUUAAAUUUUUCCAAGAUUGUUGCAUCACAGUUAGAAACCCUGUGCAGUUUUGAAGUCUAUAAAAUAAUGGUCAGUACAUGGUUUUAUUAUCUUUAGUGAAUUACCAAAGCAGAGAUACUCAAAAGCAUGUUUAAAGGCCAUCGGUACAAAUGAUGCAUAAUAUAUGUUCUUUAACAAACGUUUUAAGGUGCACUCUGUAACUUUUUGGGGUAUCCGCCACCUGCAGGUUAUCAUGGAGUUAUAUUGCUUUUUCUCGAAUGUUUGACUGUAUGGCAGUUAUUUAGCUUACACUGAUUCAAUUAUAGGAAGAUUACUGUUGAAAAAUACAUUCAGUGAAACGUUCUCACUGUCCGCAUGCUUGCCUCUGCAAAGAUCUGACCUGUAACUUGGCGUCACCUUGUCUCAAAGCAGGUGAAACCCUCCACCAGAAAAGUUACAUAGUACACCUUUAAGCAAUAAAAGGUUCAUGAUCAACAGAGUAGUCUGAGUAGUAGCAGUAUUAGUAUAAGUAUUAGUAUAAGUAUUAGUAUAAGUAUUAGUAUUAGUAUUAGUAUUAGUAUAAGUAGCUAUCCAUGGGUUUCAGACUGAAGACUGUAGGAGGAGUGUAGCCAUAUCGAUUAACAAUUUAAAAUAAAAUAUUGACUAUUGAAUGGUGAAAAGCCCUCAAAAAGCCAUAAACAGAAGCAUCUUAGUAGUAAAUGUAGAUCCUAUAUAUAUAACACAUACAGGACUAAUGAAAAAUCUCUUGGGGUCUAAUAACAUAGAUUUGCAGACAAAGGUAGAAGUUUAGUCUUUUUUACUAAGUGUCUCUCAGCAAAGUCAUAAGGAGUUCAAAACAAGAAAUAACAAGUUAUAACAUUCACUGUGAACUCUCUCCCAGCAGCUUUGAGCUUUUUCUAUAAAUAUUGUUUAAAAGAAAGUUCAUGUUCAGGUUGGUGCUUUCCUGGAGAACAGAAACAGGUUGAGUGAGACUGUGCAGGCACAGACUUUAUCAAUGUAAUUGUGUAAUUUAUGAUUCAAACUUUAAAACACAUUUGGACCUUUCUUUAUAUCACUACAGUACACUCAGUCUGGUCACCACACCCUCUAUCGCAUCUUGAGACAGAGCCAAACAUGAUCAUGCAAUCAGAGUUUUUUUUUUUUUGUUUUUUUUUGUGAAACAAAGGAGUUCAUUGGUCAGCCAACUUUGACAAAUACAAUUUCAAAUUUCUUUCACCUCAGAUUGAGAGUUUAGUGUUUUGAUCACUGGUCAGGUCCAUCUGACCUAAGGAAGAUUCAUCGGUGACCAGACUCACAGCUUCGAAAAGUGUGUAUUCAGGACCCCAGGCGACGGUUUUGAUAGAUAAGGGUCCAUGCACUUAGACUCAGUUAAGAGACAUGUCAUUGGUGCUCAUACCAUCACUGAUCUCAAUUGUAUUGAGACAAAAUCACAUGUUCCAUACAUAUACGGUCUAUAUUAUGCACAGGUGGAGAGAGUUUCUACAUUCAUAAGCCAUGGUUCAGGAAUGUUCACAUGCUGUGACUUUAUUGUUAUAUGUUAUUAUAUUUUGUCCAUGUGUUAUGUGUUGUUACGUGUUAUUAUGUGUUGUUAUUACAUUUUGUGCAUGUGUUACGUGCUAUUGUUAUCCGUUGUUGUCACAUGUUGUGCAUGUUGUUACAUGUGAUUGUUACAUGUUUUUGUUGUUUGCAAUUGUUGCGUGCAGUUGAGUGUUGGUGUGAUGCUGUAAAUAAAGAAGUUGUAGCUUGCAGAUUCUUGCACUUUGAUGAUUUAUUUUGUAUUAUUAUACUGUAAUACUACAAGUGGGAGUAGUAUGUAAGUAGUUUGUAAGUCACUUUUUGUGGUGGCUAUUUAUUUCUCAAAUAAUAUGUUUGUGUAAAUUAUGUUUAUGCAUCUUGAGUACAUACAAUGUGCUAAAAAAAGUCUCAUGAUAAGAUGUGCCUUAUAUUCAGUUUUAAUGGUGAUAUUAAAGGUUUCUGUGUUGUAUGACUGAAAUUUAAAUUAAAAACAAGUGAAAA